UACAUUACAAACAUUAAUAAAACAUUAGAAAAAAAAAAUUUGAAUUGAAUUUUUUUGUAAAAAAAAAAAAUAUAAAAAUUUUGUAAACAAAAUUUUGAAAAAAAAAUGAAAGAAUAGAUUUACAAUUUUUGAAAGAUAAUAUCAAAUAUAUUUCAUUAUUAUUCAAUUUAUUUAUUAUUAUUUUAACAAUUUAUUGUAUUGUUUUAAAAUACAAGAAUUCUAAUUUUUUUUUAAAACAUUUAAAUCAUAUUUAUUGAAAUAUGAUAUUAAUUAUCACGUUAUCAGUCAAUCUGAACAGAUAAAGAAAAUUGAUAAAAUCUAAAUAAAAUUCUGUAAAUUUCAACACAUCGUAUUAUCUUUGCGUAAUCAUUGUAUUUAGAUUAGGUUAUGUUAACGCGACACUUGCUAUUGCUUAUAUCUAACGGAAUCGGUACAAUGUGUCAAAUUGACACACAUUUGUUGAUAUGUACUUUUGUAUUUAUUUAAUUAUACAUAAAUAUAUAUAUCAACAAAUAUGGGCUACUUAAAUUUUCACUCAAGCUUACAUGAAAUACAUGAAACUCCAUCUACUGAAACUUGUAUUCCAAUCCCAAGACAUAAUUCAACAAUAAUAUUACCUGAUAUCUAUGCAGGCAUUCCUGAAAAUUUAUUGCUGAAUUUUUUUGGAUUUUUGAUCCUUGUUAUCUUGUUUGGUUUAUUACGUAAAAAAGCAUGGAAUUAUGGACGCCUUGCAUUAUUAAACAAAACAGAUGAGCGAUGGGUGGAAUUAUUUUAUGGAGAUAAUGAAGGUAGAGAUACAGAAGCAAUAUGUAUAGAAAAUUCUGUUAAUUCCCAAAUUUCUCAAGUUGAUAGAGGUUUUUUAUCAUGGAUUAUUAUUGCAUUUAAAGUUAGUGAUGAAGAAUUAUUAAAACGAGCAGGCCCAGAUGGUUUGCUUUAUAUAUCAUUUGAACGUCAUUUGAUCAUUUUAACUUGCUUAAUGGUUAUUGUAUCAUUAUGUAUAGCUUUACCAAUUAAUUUUCAUGGUAAUAUGCAAGGUGAUGAAGCAACAUUUGGUCAUACAACAUUAUCAAAUUUAGAUCCAAUGUCUCCAUGGAUUUGGGUGCAUACAAUUUUAAUUUUAUGCUAUUUACCAAUUGGUGGAUAUAUUAUGAGACAUUUUUUGAAAAAGGUACGAGAUUCCAGGCAUGGUGGUGAAUUGGCAGCUAGAACGUUAUUAAUUACAGAAAUACCAAAACAUCAGUGCAAUAUUCAAAGUCUUACUGAUUAUUUCAAGCAAGCUUUUCCUACUUUAACAGUAGAAGAUAUUACAUUAGCUUAUGAUAUUAAACGACUUUCGGCACUAAAUGUAGAAAGAGAUUGUGCUGAACAAGCACGUUUAUAUUGUGAAAAUUAUGCAAAAAAAAAAGAGCCAUUACAAAUGUAUCCAUAUCCAUGUGGUCAAGUGAUAGGUUGUUGUUGUAAAAAUAAAGUUGAUGCUCGAGAAUUUUAUGCAAAUGAAGAAAUGCGAUUGACUGCAUUAGUUGAAGAAGAAAAAAAAGUAGCGCUAAGUAGACCUCUUGGAGUAGCUUUUAUGACUCUAGGUACACCUGGUGCAGCUAAAGUUAUGCGAAAACACUUACGUUCUUUGCCUAGUUUAAAAUGGGUUGUAGAUUAUGCACCUACACCUUCUGAUAUUUUUUGGGAAAAUCUAAGUAUACCAAGGCCAUGUUGGUACCUGAAUGCUGUUUUAAUAAAUUUUGCAUUGGGCAUUAUAUUAUUUUUUCUUACUACACCAGCUGUAAUAGUAACUGCAUUGAAUAAAUUACCAAUUACAGGAAAAAUUAUGAAUCUUAGUCCAAUAGUCUCAUAUUUUCUUCCAACUGUAUUGUUAGUUAGUGUGGCUGCUUUAAUGCCCGUAUUAGUAUCAAGAAGUGAAUCAUUAGUUAGACAUUGGACUAGAAGUAGUCUAAAUCGAGCAGUAAUGACGAAAACCUUACUUCUUUUGUUACUAAUGGUUCUUAUAUUACCUAGUUUAGGUCUAACAAGUGCACAAGCAUUUUUGGAAUGGACUGUAAAUGUAACAAAUGACACAGGAAGAUGGGAUUGUGUGUUUUUACCUGAUAAGGGUGCUCUAUUUGUAAAUUAUGUAAUUACUGCAGCUCUACUUGGAAGUGGAUUGGAAUUAGUCAGAUUUCCAGAAUUAGCAUUAUAUACCUUCAGAUUAUGUGUAGCACGUAGUAAAGCGGAAAGAAUACAUGUUAGAAAAGCAGUAUUAUGGGAAUUUCCAUUAGGUGCUCAUUAUGCCUGGUUACUUUUAGUUUUUACUAUGACAACAGUAUAUAGUUUGGCUUGUCCAUUAAUUACACCCUUUGGGCUAUUGUAUCUCGUAGUAAAACAUUUGGUGGAUAGACAUAAUUUAUGUUUUGCUUAUGGACCAAGCAUUGGUGGUGGUCAAUUAGCAGGUGCAGCAGCAAGUGCUACUGGAGCUGCCCCGAUUUUGGCUCAAGCUGCAUUAUUAGCUCUAGGCUUGGUAAGAAGAGGACUAUCACCUUUAGCUGCGGUACAACUUAGUGGACUUGCCGCGAGUAUUUUAGGCCUUGUCACUGGUGCUACUUUAUCCACAUCAAAAUUUAAAUAAAAUAAUUUUCCUUAUAUAGACACAAAUGCCAAAAAGGGAUUUAUCAGCUGGUCAGAAUUUUAUUGCACCUGUUUUACGAACAAAACAGACCUCAUUAGAAGAAACUAUAUCCACAGGUUCAAAUUCUAAUUUCACUCCGACAAGUUUAAAAAGCACUAGUAUUUCUUCAAUACAAGAAAGUCCGAAACUUUAUCAAGAUUAUGGUAAAGAAUCACAAGCUUGAUAAUUUUUGAAUUAUUUGAUAUUAAUUAUAUAAGCGAUAUAUUGAAAUAAUUUAAUUAAAAAAAUAGUAAUAAAAUAUUUUAUGCUAAUUAAUUAUUAAAAAUUCUUAUAUCAUUAUAUCGUAUAAAUAAAUACGAUAAUAAUGUUUUUUUGUAAAUGAAAACAAUUUAUUUGUAUAUUAAGAAAAAAGCAUGUAUGGUAAAAAUUAUAUAAUGAAUAUAUAAUUUUAAUUUUUCAUUUUAAAAACCUAUAAAAAUAUUGAAAUUAAGUUUUAUGAAGUAAAAAAUUAUUUGUUUGAUGUUUAUUAUUAUUUAUUUAAUAUUUCACUUAAAUUAAUUAUACUGAAGUUAGAAGACAUUAAUUGUUAUAUGUAUAAUAAUAAUGCAAUAGAAAGUUCAAUAAUAUUCUUCAAUUUUCUUUCAUAUUUUUGAUCAUAUGAUAAUCGUAUAAUUCUUACGAACAAUUAAAUUACUAUCCAUUUAAUAUAUAUUAACAUUGUACAUAUUGUACUACAUUUGAAUAAAAUUUUACUAUAAUUUUGAA